UGUGUGUGUGUGUCAUGGAUUUAUUAUUAUUGUGCUCUCUCAUUUGUUUUGUUUGUGGUGCGUACUUAGUUUCUAACUUUACCAAAUCAGAUUUCCUAGAUGCAUGUGUUGUGGUGGAGUUCAAGAGUUAUGAAAUGUGAAAUUUUGGAAAUUGUUGUUGUGACUCUAGGCGCAGUAAUAUAGUUAUGGUUUUCCUGAGUUUCCUCCGUGCAUGAUCGUCACUGUUCCCUCAUAUAUAUCCUUCCUCGUACAUAUGCUAAGGUAUGCUUUUUGUUGCUAAAAAAAUUUGUACAUGCUCCCGCCCCAAAAUUUGGAUCUAUAAUAUAUAUGGCUCCUGCCAAGUGCUUCUACCAUUCUUAUGUUUGUGUUGAUGGUUUUGUUGACAAUGUUUGCUACUAAUGAGAAAUGUAGGAGUGGAUUUAUGAAUGCACUGUGACAAUUUAUUAAUUAUGCAUUAGAUCACCCCUUCCAUUAGUUUCUAUCCUUGUGAAUGUAGCAUUCUCCCUGUACAUAAUUUAUAUAUUUGAUAAUGUUCAUUAUCUGUGCUUAGGUUUAUUUGUAAAUUUAGUUGUCAAUAUAUAUAGACUAAUAACUCAAAAUUGUUUUGAAGAAUUUUGUAGAGGUUUCUCCCCUCAAAUUUGGAUCAGUUAUAUAGCUCUCAACAAUUGCUAUUGUUGUACUUAUCUUUGUAUGUUGAUUUUUUUAUUGACAACAUCUGUUACUAAUGAGAAAUGUAGAAGUGGAUUUAUGUAUGCACUUCUGAAAUAAAAUAAUUAUGCAUUAGACCUUCGCUUUCAUUACUUUAUCCCUUUGAAUGUAGCAUUCUCCCCAUAUAGAAUUCAUAUAUCUAAUAAUAUCUACUAUUUCUGCUUGGAAUUAUUUGUAAAUUUAAUAGUCAAUACAUUCAGACUAAUAACUCCAAACAGUUUUUUUGUUUGGUGUUUUAUCUUUGUGUUUUUUUGGUGUUGGGUUGCAGUAUUAUUAUGGUGGUUUGUGGUCCCUUUAUCCGUUGGUUCUAUAAGGACCGUCCAAGUUAUCUAAAUAGUAAUCAAUGCGAUUAUUAUGUCAUUAUCGAUAGAGGUGACAGGAUGAUUGCUGCCCAAGCAGAGCACCAAGGAACCAACAACCAAAUCCAAAGAUUCAAUCAUAAUACAAAACCAAUAUGUUUUUACUUUUUAUAUCUCAAAUGAUAUAAUGUAUAACAAUUCUAUACAAACGUGCUAUUUGCCAUCCUCGACGUUGGGCCACGUAGAAAGCCAAAAGAGUCAUAUAGCUGCUGUGCAAAUUAUAGAUCAAGGCAUGGUGCCAACCACAAUCUCUUUAUGGGAUAAGUUCAGUGAAUUUGAAGCUGCUGAAAUGGCAAAAUUGCUCAGUAAUUUUCCUGUGGCAAUUAGUCUCCGGCUAAAGCUAUCAUUGAACUACGAUAAUUUUAACUCUACCACUCCCAUAAUUACUUAUACCUACUUAUACUAUACUUAUAUUAUAUAUAUACCUGCUUAUAAUCUUCCGAUAACAGCUAUAAAAACAUCACAGGUCCUGCACUUGCAACGCGUGGUUCAUCUGCUUUCAUUUUUAAUCCGCCCGUUCCAGAAGCAGUUGGGCUAUGCACAUGGUGCAUGACAAACACUGGUAAGACCAAAGACCAACCACAAGGACCACCAACUGAAGUUUAAUAGUUAAAAUCAACUGAAGGAUGAUGAGUAUGCUCCUUACAGACUCGAUUUUCCAAUGCUCAAGAUAAGUAUCGGUGAAUCCUCUAUCUAAUUUUCUCUAUGUUCUCCUUCACAUGAUUUACAUUCGAUUGUUUUUUGAUAAAAGCCACUACAUGCAUUGUACAAUUGGAGGAACUCGCUUAAAAUCGAUGAUUACUGAACUACUGUGAACGUAUAAGGCUACAACUUAGUAUAAAAUGGUUUGGAAUAUGUUGCUUUCAUCAUUGUCUUGAUGAGUGAUUUUAAAAAUUGGUGUCGAAGCCGUAAAACUAUUGUGUUUGUCUGUUUCUGUGAAUAAUUGUAUUGCUUGGUAUGUCUGAGAUGAUUUUAAGGAGAUAAGAGAAUAACAUGAUUUCAAAGAAGCUAAUAUUUUUUUGUUGCGUUUGGAGAGACAUGAGAACAAAGAGUUAUUAGUAAAAAAAAACUCCACUUUCUGCUUGAUUACUGGAGAAGAAAAAUAUUGUAGGCAAGGCUCAUUUAGUUGGUAUUCACAUUCAAUUCCACGAAAAAUUCAAGAUCCAAACACAUCGUAAAAGCUCAAUUUCCAUAUGGGGGUCAUAUACUGAUGAGUAAUUAGUGAUUUCAAAAAGGUGGUAUUUAUUCUCCAAGAAAAACUUUUUUAGGCUGUGGGUUUCACAAGUCUUGGAUACAUAUAUCUGCUCUGCUGGUAUUUGAUCGGGAGCUAGAAUUACUUCUGUCAUUUAUUUUUUUGCAAAU